UACGUCUAAUCAAAAUAAUCAGCAGUUUUGUGCUUAAGUUUGACGUGCUGUAAUAUGCUUGCACAGUUCAUUGUGACCACACUGGGACCAUACAAUUGACUGUUUUUUCUUUUUUGGUUGUUUACCUAUAAAAUAUUUCCUUGCUGGUAUUCCAGUGGGUAAAAUGUCGUUCGAUCUGUUAUCUGAGAUGAAUGAAGCCGCUGUAUAGCUUUGAUAUGUCAGACAGCCGCUUCUGUGUAUCCUUAUCCUGAGACCUCAUGAAGCGGAAUUGCAUAACAUGCACAGCUAAUCUUUGUCCACCUUACGUAAUACCUAUCGCCUGUUUAUCAAUCCGAAACAAUGUAGCAAUGUAUUUAUCCAGUCAGAAUAGAAUAGGCAAGGCAAAAAAUGGGUGUAACUUAGGCUUGGUUUAAGGACACAUCAGUAUGACUACACCUUCCCUUCACAAGAAUUGAAUUGUAAGUAUUCAUAGGAUCCCAUUAUACUGUUUAUUAUGUGUGGGUCCAAAUAGUGAUGGUGAUAAAUUUGUUACAUUGCUCGCAUAAAUAGCCCAUUCCCUAGCCUCACCAUUCUGAGGGAGCACGUCUUGGCAUGGUAAUAUUUGCUGGAAAUGUGUACGCCAAGGGGCAGCCUUGGAUAGGGCUGAUAAGCAGGUUGGAUUGUGGUCCGGGUUCUUCUAUACCGGUGCAGAAAGCCGUCAUUCACAUUUCCAUCACAGAAGCUUUUCCCCGGAGCAGCUGAUUGGUCAUGUGACAGAUUAACCCCUGUGACACCAGCCAGCACAGAGCAACGUUUAAACAAGGUACCAUGGGAAGGCAGCACUGCUUGCUCAGCCUGACACUGCAGUAUGUACUGUAGGACAAUGCAGUAACACUGCCUGUGUUACAGUACAUUGAAGUGUCUAACGAUUCACAGAAUCAUUUAUAAAACAAAGAGAAGCACCAAAAUAAACUCCUGAAUUUAGGGGUCCCCUUACGCCACCCAGAUCAUAAAAACUAUUAAGAAUUAAUUUGAUGCUAUUUUAUUCAAAAAUAUUACACAGAAUCUCUUUCGUACAGAAGGAGAUUCAAAUGCACAAAAUAUUUUGGGUUGUUAGCACUUGACUUGUGACUUGGAAUGGCUAGGAGCCGUAGUAUUUGAGUUGUACUUCUAGUGAUUUGCAUUUUGUUUGACUUUAACGUUUAUUCUUGGAAGUGGUAGAGCAUUUCAAAAGUCCAGUCUGAGUAUAGAUCCGGCAUGAGGUUCAUUUGUGGAACAUCUGCCCAAUCUAAAAAUACCACAGUGGGAAUACAUAAACAUAGAAGAAUGAGAGAAUCUUUCCACUGGCUGACAGCGUGACCCUUUGCAUGCUGGGAGGUCUCAAAUAACAUUAACUGCUGAUGGAUGAAAAGGAAUAUUACAUGCUAGUUUUGUCUGCAAGCCAGGCGAAAACUCAAAAAGGAAAAGCUUCAUUGUUCAUUUGAAGCAAAACAAAUCAAUCGUUUGGAAGCAUGUGCAAGUUGGAAUCUUUGGUGCACUUAAUCUGCUGACCUCUCAUUUUUUUUCCCCUACAAAAAGUUUCGAUCUAAACUUUUUUUAAACAAAUUGUGUCAGCAUUUUUUUCCCUCUAGAUUUUAAGUUUGUGACCCUUUAAGUUAUGCUGGUGGAUGAAAUCUCUCCCAGGUUUGAUGUUUAGUCUGGGUUCGUUAUUAAUGCAUUUAGUGCUCUGUUAAAGCUCGCUGUCCCCACAGACGGGAGGAAUUUCAUUUCCUUUCCAUGUGAUUUUUUUAGAAAACAAUGGGAAAUGUCAUUUUUAUAUAUUCAAUUUAUUCAUAAUUAUUAUUCUCUUAUUUACCAAAAAUAAACAGUGAAACUUUAAUCAGAAUUAUUGCAGAGAAGCUUUUAGUGGUUCUCCUUUAGUAGAAAAGAUGGAGCAUCUUCUAGCAGCUCAGUACUGACCGGUUGAUCCCGUUGUCUUGUGAGAGACAGUCGGGGCUCCAGCUUUCCAUCCAGUCUGUUUACUUAUCUAAGUCCCACUGACUUGUGUAGGACAGCUGGAGCAGCCAACGGCAUAGUCUACAAUGACUUGUCUCCUUGGCAUCUGAGGGACAACAUGGCUAAUUCCUCAGUAAUGCUUCAAACAAAUACCCAGUUAUUAUUCAUCUGAGAGCCUUUAUUGCCAUAUUUCAUAAAAAAAAAUUAAAAAAACCACUUUCAAUCAAUGGGCUAUUUUCAAGGCAUCUGUGGAAUUUGGGAUGUCCGUGGUAUUUUGUGAAUUCACUGUGUUCAGGGCAUUCUUAGAAUUCAGGUUGUCCAGGGUUUUUACUAUGUCCCGGCAUUUUAGUACAUUCAGUGUAUAUCCUGUGUUCAGGGUUUCAAUAUUCAGUGUGUAUGCAGUGUUCAGGAGGUUCCAGUUGUGGUAUUCAUAGGUCAUUCCAGGGGCAGUUCUAGUGUUAGAGGUUAUCGGGGGCUUAGAACUGAAAUUGUUGCACAUCAUAACAGUAAAUAUAUUCAUAGCCUGUGCUGUGUGUGGGCACCCCUGGUGCUGAUCACGGUUCAUGCCAUGGGCCUAAAACAGAUAUGCAAGCAACAACUGCGCAAAUCAAGCUAAAUGCUCCAUCCUAAGUGUCACCCUAUUUGUGUUGCAAAGUGUAGUGCAAGACAUAAUAGUGAAGACUAUAAUAGAAUAGUAUUGUGUAAGCUAUAGUAUUUAAGUAAAACAGCUUUACUAAAGCUUCUCGAUUGGGAAUUCCUGCGAUACAAAUUGCAUCAAAAGAAUUCACGUACAGGGGAUUCUUUUAUCCUAUGAUGCUUCUUGUCCUCUCAUUCAUUCCGCAGCCCUCUGGAAUAUAAAAAAUACCCGGCCUUAGAUCAUUAGUUCAUUGUGUGACCAGAAUAUAAAACCACAGGCCGAAUGUUUGACGCACAGCACUGGCAAUGACAUCACGGCCAUCCAGUUAUCGGCCCACUGGCGUUAUUUCACUUUCACUUAUCAGGGGGUGGGGAUGAUAAACAGCCAUCCUACUGUCUUGCAUUAUAACACCUUGCCUGUCCUGUUAAGUCGAUCAUUAUAGCAUAAGCAUGCAAGGAGGUGCAUUGCUAUAGAUAGGAGGCUCAGGAUUUCUGCAUACCUGCAUGUGUGUAGUGUUACCAUUCUGUCAUCCCUGUCAGAAACCACACUUUGACAUAUUGUACAGCAUCACUGAACCCCAAUACAUACAUUGUUCCCCAAGCUAAAAACUCCUCUAUAUCAAGUCAAAUGUCACAGCAAUGGAGCUGAAGUGUUGCGGCUGUAAAUAUUCAGCCCGGGUGUGCUGACGAACGUGAAGUCGCCGAGGGUAUAGGCGACCUCCACCUAGGGAGUGUCCUCUCAGCCUGCACUGCUCAAAGGACGGCUCUCACACUGGCUGCAUCAUUUCAAUGCACCCCCCCCCCCACCACCCCACACUCACAUACACACACGCACACCGGCACACACACAGACAGCUGUGAGUCAGAAGAGAGGAUUCUGCAGAGGGAUGGGCUGCAUGUGUCGCAUGUAGACCAAUAGGGUACCUACACAGACACACAGACAUACGGACGCGCGCAGACGCACGCGCGCAGACGCACGCGCUCCCCGCCCGGCUGCUCCCUGACAUGGCUCAGUCUGCCCGGCUGCUGUUGCUAAGGCGAUCCCUCAGCGAACAUCUCCACCGCUCCACCAAGACCCUGCAGCUUCUUCACAAAAGCAGCAGGGAGGCGCGUCAUGCAGAGAUAGAAGCCAAGGAGGUGUGUGAUUGGCUGAGAGCGGCAGGGUUUCCACAGUAUGCGCAGCUCUACGAAGAUGCUCAGUUUCCCAUUGACAUCUCCUCCGUGACCCGAGAUCAUGACUUCCUGGACCGGGAUGCCAUCGCCGCACUGUGCAGACGCUUGGCCACCCUUAACAAGUGCGCCAUGAUGAGGCUGGAGAUCACGCCCCCAAGGAAGCGGAACGAAGAUUCAGAUGAGGAUGAGCCGUGCGCCAUCAGCGGCCGCUGGGCCUUCGAGAGGGGUAGCAGACGCUGGUCCAGGAUCGCCGAGUCGGACGGCUGCAGCCAGCCUGCUGAGGUCAGCGUUGAGAGCGAGCUGUCCGAGGUGGUUUCCCUCCACAGUAUGGGCAGCAGCUCGGGCAGCACCGACCCUGGGCAUCCCAGUCUAGGCACCAGCUCCUCCAGCCGCUCUUCUGAAGGCCUUUCCUUGCCAGGAGAUGUUCCUCCACCAGCUGUACCUAGCUCUAGGCCGAUGGGGCGGAGCGCACGGUCCCGGGCCAAGAGCUUCCUACGUAGGAUGGAAACCCUACGUCUGCGAAGUUCCUCUACCAAGUCACGGAAGACGCCAUUGAGGCCGGUAAUCAGUGCCCCUGUGCCGCAGGAGGGUCUGCAUGAGGACGCCCUGCGCCGGCUGCGCUGCGUGGACGUCUCCAGCCUCCAGGGCCGCCCCCCGGCCCGGAACCACAGCGCCCCCUACUGCACCCAGACGAGCAGCAGCAGUAGCCAGUCAGAAGCCAGCAGCGCCGUGAGCACGCCCAGCCCCAUCACUCGCUCGCGUAACCGCAGCAGCUCUGGUCACAACGCCAGCAAGCGAGGCGGGCUCUACCUAGAGGGCUUGGACCCUGCUGUUCUGCUGGAUGGAGUAGACUUGCUCGGCCUGCCCCAAUUCCUGCCCAUUACUCGAGAUGAGAAGCAGAAGUACAAAGGCACAGGAACGUUGGAUGAGGACCGUGAAGAGGAGGAGGCAGAGAUCAUCUUCUUCAUCCCAGAAGGCCACAAGCCAGGUACCUUCCCCAAGGCACUACGCCGCAGCAUCGCCCCCUACAGGAGCCACUCAGAGGGCGAACGGGGUGGUAGCUGGGGGUCACGCAAGCGCAGCGGCUCAGCAGGCUCCAUCGACAGUCGGCUCAGCCUGUACGAUAACGUGCCCCCCGAACCCCCUGGAAUGGAUCCCCCUGAACCGCAGUUGGAUGACAUCCUGCGGCAGGUGGACGGCCUGCAGCGGCUGGUCAGCGAGUGGGCCGAGGAGGAGGCCGACUCAGACUCCGCCCUAGACUCGCCGCUGCAGCACCAGCUGGAGGAGGCGGAGAGCAGCAGUGACCUGGACAGCGCGGCCCAUGUCAGCGAGCAGGAGGAGGGCCUGACAGGUCGAGACCGGAGGGACUCCGGCGUGGGAGCCUCCCUGACCAGGCCAAGCAGGCCCCCCAAGCUGCGCUGGCCAAGCUUCCAGGACUCGCACCGUGCCAGCCUCCCCUCUGCUCCCAUGCAGCUCAGCUCCCAGUCUGUGCUUCAGAUGAACCUGCUGCAGAAGCUGGCUCUGCUCAAGCUCACCGCCCUGCUAGAGAAGCACACACCGGGACAUAAGCACAGCCUUAGCUGCAGGGUGAUGCCCCGGUUCAUGAAGAGACCCAAACUGCGGGAUUACCGGGAUAGGAGUGUCUUCGGCGUGUCUCUGCAGCUGAACAUGCAGCACAGCGGACAGCCCCUCCCCCUGGGCAUCCAGCAAGCUAUGCGCUACCUGCGCAGCCAAUGCCUGGACCAGGUGGGCCUGUUCAGGAAGUCGGGGGUCAAGUCGCGCAUUCAGGCGCUGAGGCAGAUGAACGAGGCCUGCCCCGAUGGUGUCGGCUACGAUGGCCAGUCGGCCUACGACGUGGCGGAUAUGCUGAAGCAGUACUUCAGAGAUCUUCCCGAGCCUCUGCUGACCAGCAAGCUAGGAGAGACCUUCCUACAGAUCUACCAGUAUAUCCCCAAAGAGCAGCGCUUGCAGGCCGUCCGUGCGGCCGUGCUGCUGUUGCCUGACCACCACAGGGAGGCGCUGCAGACGCUGCUUUACUUCCUGAGUGAUGUUGCCGCCGCCGCCGCCGAUAACCAGAUGACCUGCACCAACCUGGCCGUGUGCUUGGCGCCCUCUCUCUUCCACCUGAACACACUGCGGCGGGACGGCUCCUCCACCAGGGUGAUGCAGCGGAAGCAGAGCCUGGGAAAACCGGACCAGAAGGACCUGAAUGAGAACCUGGCAGCCACCCAAGGCCUGGCCCACAUGAUCGCAGAGUGCAGGAAGAUCUUCCUGAUUCCGGAAGAAAUGAGUCGAUGCAGGAAUUCGUACACGGAUCAGGGCUUGAAGCCCCCGGGACAGGGGAAGCUGACCACUCACGGGGGCAUCCUGAAGGAAAGCCUGGAUGGCCUCUUGAAGGAGGCCAAAGACCGUUUCCGGGGCUACGACAGCCGAUCGACAAUGGAGCCUGCAGAGCUGGCGAGCAAGAAGGUGCAGGAUGGAGUUCCGCUGAGGUUCUGGAAGGCAGCUCUAGAGGUGCCAGCGACCCCUGAGGAAGUCCUGACCCGGCUGCUGCGAGAGCAGCACCGCUGGGAUGAUGACCUUCUGGAGGCCCAGGUUCUGGAAACGUUGGACCCACAGACUGAAGUGUAUCAGUAUGUGCGGGACAGCAUGGCACCGCAUCCUCCACGUGACCAUGUCCUUCUCAGGACAUGGGUGACAGACCUGCCAAAAGGUGCAUGUGCCUUGGUCUGUACCUCCGUGGACCAUGAGGGGGCGCCAGUGUUGGGCGUGCGGGUUAAUGUCCUGACAGCCCGCUACUUCAUUGAACCUAGCCGUCCUGGACGGUCUCGUCUUACGUAUAUCUCAAGGUUGGACUGCAGGGGCCGUCUCCCGGAGUAUAACAGUAAGAUCUUCGGAAACCUGUGUGCAGCUGAAGUGGUGCGGAUACGAGAUUCUUUCACGGCUCACACAGAGAAAUGAACCACCACCCAGUGGCAGUCCUUAUGGGGAAUGUCUCUUCUGCGUACAGCAGACAUGGUGCAGAAAAGCGUAACCUGCUCUUCCACAGGGGGACCCUUUUGCACACAGAGAAAAAACAGCCAGCCCCAGACUCUGAUCACGUCUGCACACAUUCAGCUGCUUCGCUGGAAUAACAGGCUACAGGGCAAGCCACAUGCAGGCCAAUGUGAUCCUGAGCUCUCCAGCAGGGGGCGAUAUUGCUUCUGAGAAGCAAGAGAAUACACUUACUUGUUUGUAUUUAUAUAUGCAUGGGCGAAUAGAUAUGUGUUCUACUCUGCACUCAACCCUGUAUGUAAUUAUGCAUUACAGGGAAGGCUUUACAUGUUAUUGUACUGUAAAAGGCUAUGCAGGAAAUGCGCUGGUAUGCAAUACUUUUGAUGGAAUUAAUGCAAGAUGGAAUGAUGGACAGACCAAAAGUGGUAGAGAAAUGUGUGUAUAAUCUCGCAGGGUAAUCAUGAGCAAGACAACUUGUUCAUGUUGAGAAGAGGUCCAAAGAAACCUAUAUGACAUGAGUAAAACAAAAUCUGGGCUAAGUUCGAACUUAUUGAGCUUUUUGUAAGAUUUCUCCCAAAUACUUUACCUGUUAGAAGUGAAGCUCUGUGCAUGUUAUUCUAAUUGUUUGCUGGGAAAGUGCUUCACAAGCAAUAGUAGAUAUGCAUUACAUCUGAACGCAGUUUACAUAAACAACUGCAAUGAACAUUUAUCAAUAUAGAAUCAUUCUUUAAGGAUCAUUCAUCAAAAUGUCUUACAGAAAUGGAAUUCAGAGUUGGUCCGACUUAAUGUGUUGAGAAAGAGCCACCGUAUCUUGAUAUAUAUGUAUAUAUAAAGAAAAUAUAAAUUAUGGAUUUUUUAAAUUAAAAUGUAUCUGUCCUUUUAUAAAGGGGCUACUAUACAGGUUUUACUGUAAAGACAAUAAUGGCCAAUACACGAAGACCCAUAACUGCAUCCUAUUCUGUGGGAAGCAGUGAAAAGUGUAGGUUUAUAUCAGAGAAGGACAACACUAUAUGUACGUUUUCUGCAUCAUUUUAUCAGUAUUAAGCAACAUGAAGUUAAUGCUAAACGUUAAAUUUACAGAUCUGCAAAAAUAUUUACUUCACUUCCUGUACAUGAUGCAUAACUUGUAUACAUUAAUGGGAUUCAGACAAAAUAAAAGUAAUGCAUGACUAUAAAAAUUUGUUUAAAGUAUUCUGGUAUUUAUAUAUCAGAUAUUCAUUUUCAAUAGGAACAGCAUUUGAUUGUAAAUGUUAUUCUUUAAGUUAAGGUAAAUAUACGUUAUAUCAUUUUAUAUGCAUUUUUCUGUACAGUUCACCAACAUUAAGUGCCCUAUUAAAUGAGUUAAAGAAAA